UAAUCUAUCAAUGCUUAUCCUUUUGUCAUUUUCUUGCAGUGGAAUAUUAUGAAGCUUCUAAGAGUCUCAACUGCCAUGUUAAAGCUGUGUAUCUCACCGUUAAGUUGCUCAGAUCUUCGCAUUUGGAUCAAAUGUUUCAUAAAGGCUGAGUGAUCAGAGAACUCUGAGUACUGCCGAGUAAACAUGCAGAACUCUUGUGUGGAGCGGGAAGUGUUCUUAGACUGGGACGAGAGCAUUAGAACUUCUGUCGACUCUGCAUCAUCUUAUUUCUCAGCAGAUGAAGACGAUGAAUUCAAGCUCCGAAUCUUCAAUCCUGAAUCAUGGAUGGGAGACAUGAAGUCUGUCCAGGAAAGAAGGCAAAAAUUCUUAUGCAAUAUGGGAUUUGAGAAACUUUUUUUUCCUCACUCAGAUUUCUCAUCAUCUAUGAAGAAAUCUCAAAUUGAGAUAAGCAGACUUACCAAUGCCAAUGGUGCUGCCCUGGAUUCCUUUUCAGCAACGGAUGAUGGGAUACAAGGAGAUUGCAUAAGGAAUCUGGACAAUGGAAAGGUAUUUAUCGUUCAUGAGCUUGGGGAUAAUGGUUUGCCCAGCUUGCUCAAAGAAUUAGGUUCUGACAAACUUUUGACAUACCAGGAGUUUGAAGAGUUACUCGGAUUUCCCUGCUCUGUUCAUAAACAAAUGGACAGAAAAGUUUCGCUUGCUACAGAAAAACAGUGUGAUAGUGUUGCUGCAAGGAGAAAGCAUAGGAGCUGGUGGAGAAGGAUUCUCAACAAGAAACAUUUGGUAGGAAUGUGCGAGCAUGAUGUCACCAUAAAAAAUUCCCAACUGCCCCGGACUAUAAGAACGAAUGGACUGAGAAAUAGGAGACGGUCCAGAGAACUAACGGGGAUAUUCAUUGAGCAGGAAAUCCGAGCACAUGUUGGUUCAAUUAGGGCUUUGAAGUUUAGUCCAUCAAGAUGGUAUAUAGCAAGUGGUGGUGAAGAUUCAAUCGUUCGCAUCUGGCAAAUUAAGGAAGCAGAAGCCACUUGCAAGUGCGAAGUGGAAAAUAGUUCAGCCAAUAGUAUUGGUGAAUGCAGAUGUAGCUCUUUAAUUGGAAUGAAAGAUGGUAACCGUGCUCCUGUUGUAUUCCCGAAGAAGGCUUAUAAGAUCUUGGAGAAACCAAGACAUGAAUUCCAUGGACAUACUGGUGAAAUUCUCGAUCUUUCAUGGUCUUCAUCGAAUCAACUUCUAACAGCAUCCAUUGACAAAACUGUGCGAUUGUGGAAAGUUGGUUGUGAUGGAUGCCUUCAAGUUUUUCUGCACAAUGAUUAUGGUAACUACUAACUAGCUAUAAAU